ACGUAUCCCUAACACAAAUAUUAGACGUAUCAUACGUGGAACUUAAUAAAUUGUUUAAUAAACAUGAAAUAUAAAUAAAUAUAAAAUUAGAAUAAAUUCCUAAUAAAUUAAUAAACAACAAUAGAAAUAAAUAAAUUUAGUGAAGCUCAAAGCAAUUAGGAAAGAAAAACAAACAAAGCAAGAACAAACAGGCUGGCCGACAAAAGAAAGCAAACUCGAAACAAUCUCAAACGCCGUACAUGACUAGUAUUUUGUGGUGGAAAGAAGAGCAGCUGCUGAUAAACUAAAAAAAUAGACCAAAGUCAAACCCAUAAUUAAUUUACAAAAUUUUUGUUUCAAACAAAUCGAAAGGGGGUUAAGGUUAACAACUAUAUAACCGCAACAACAACAAUAAACGUGAAUAUACACAGAUAAGAGCAAAUGGCCCCGACAAGAAGACCCAGCGAUGGGCUAUUGGCCCGAGUAAAUUUUCCUCUCUAUGCCGUUGAUAUGCUGACCAGCCGUCAUGUUUUGGUGGCUGGUGGUGGUGGGGCCAGUAAAACUGGUGUGGCCAAUGGAUUUGAAAUCUAUGAAAUUUAUCACAAUGGGCAACACUUUUGCGCCCAAGAGGUAAUACGUCACGAGACUGGCUCAAAUGUUGUCAUGAAUUUUGCCGUACGUAAUGAUGGACGUCGUUCGUAUUUAUGUGCCGGCCAAGAGGCCCAUUGUCAAAUGUAUUUUGUUAAUCCCCGUGUUGUAAGCGAAGAUGGCAAAGAAGAAAUCUCAGUCACACAAGAAUCAACAAAAAAUAAUCCAGAUUCGCAUAUUAAUGAAAAUGGCAUACGGCAGAGAAGGCCAGCCACAUCGGGCGUUGAAGAUGUGGCUAAUGGUCAUGUACCGGCAGGGGAAAAGUCCCCGCCUAAACAAGAUCAAAAUGCCAAUAUCAAGAGGAUAUUGAAAUUUGAUAUUAAAGCAGCAGAUUCAGUACAAACAGACUUUUUGGGCAAUGAUCCACUGCAAAGGGUGGUGCGUAUAUCUCCCAAUGGACACAUUAUGGCUACCGGUGGUACGGAUGGCCAUUUAAGGGUAUGGUCAUUUCCACAAAUGCUGAAAACAGCCGAUAUUGUAGCUCACUCUAAAGAAAUCGAUGACAUUGACAUUAGUCCCGAUUCCAAAUACAUCAUAACAAUAUCCAAAGAUGGCCAGGGUCUGAUGUGGGAUAUUGCAACGUCGAAAAAAGUUUUCGACUUGAAAUGGGCAACACCAGAAGGUGCAAAAUAUUUGUUUAAACGCUGUCGUUAUGGCACAAUUGAGGCCCAGCGUGAUAAAUAUCGCCUCUUUACCAUAACCAAUCCUUUGGGAAAAGUUGGCAAACAACGUGGUUUCUUGCAACAAUGGGACUGUACCAAUGGCAAGUUACGUUUGGCUGUUGGCAUCGAUGAAAGCUUAGCCUCGUUGGCGGUGCGUGAUGAUGGUCGAUUUGUGGCAGUCGGCACAAUGUUUUCGGGCAGUAUUUCGAUGUACAUUGCUUUUAGUUUACAGCGUGUCCUACACAUACCCAAUGCUCACUCAAUGUUUGUGACUGGCUUGCAAUUCUUGCCUGUGACCAAUGAAGAAGGGCCACCCAUCUCAAGUGAUACGGAAGCGGCCGUACUCUCUAUAUCUGUCGACAAUAAAGUUUGCAUACAUAGUUUACAGCAUAGACGUACAAUGCCAGCUUGGCUAGCUAUAAUACUUAUUGUAUUGGUAUUAUUUGGCGCAUUUACAUUAUGCUCAUUUUUAGGACUAUAGAAAAUAAAUAGAUUGAAUAGAAACACGAACGAUCCAUGUAUGUAGAAAGACAGGAAAACGAAAAUCUAAAGGACGUCAAGUAAGGUGAUGGGAGCGAGAGUGUGUGAAGGGGUACUAUACUUGGCGUCCGCAAAUAAGAUCAAUACUGAACCCACAUUAAUACAGGUGAUCCUCCUAAGAAAGAAAAAAAAUCAAUAACCACAACAAAGCCAUUACACAUAAAUCAUAUAAAUAUAUAAAUUAAGGCAUUUAUACUAUAAACCAACAUCAACAACAACAUUCUUAUGUGAAAGCAUGAAAGAAAACCUAACGAAAAUCAUAAAUAUAUUGCAAUAACUUCUUUGUUUUUGGAAGCAGCGGAAAGAAGCAACCACUAUAUAACGACUAAAAUAACAAUAACAAAAUAGUUAAAUUGAAAUAUUUACAUAUAUAAAAAAAACGAAAGCAGUAACUCAACGCAAACUAAAUUAAUAUAAUUUAUUAACAAUAAUUGUUUAAAAAAUUUAAUAAUACUUGCAUAUUACAAGUCAAUUGUUUAUUAUAUACAACACUCUUACUUGUAUUACCUUUAUUUUAAAUGUUUAAUUUUUGAUUCUCCCAAUAGCUAUCCAUUUGUGUAAACAUUCUAUUAUAUAUUUUUUAAAACAAAUAUACCACCUUUCGAAAACUAAGUUUUAGUGCUUUAAUAAUAUAUAUAAUGUAUACAAUAUCUUAAGUUAAUUAUAUACUGUAAUAAUGGUUUCACUUUUUGUUUACUUUUUGUGUUCUAUUCCGUCAAUCAUGAAAAUAUAAAUUUACUCUUUCUCCUAA